GAAGGGCGGGGCAGAGGCUGGGCUUUGGGUUGCAGCUCAAGGUUUCUGCUCAACCGCAGGCUCUGAGCUUGGGGAAAGCAUGGGGAUGGGGGCCCUUACCUGACGUGAAGCAGACAGCAGAGCCGCGUCUCUGUAGACCACCGGAGCGGACGGGAAAUGAAUCUGUAGCUUUGAUCCACCCUCCCCAUCGCUGGCCUCUGCUGUACCCUUUGCCCUCCGCGGGAGUAGAGACCACCACUCCCCCAUCACCGGAACCCGUCUCAGAUGUUCUGCCCAAUCUCUUCCUGAGAAAAUGAACCACAGAAUGAGCUAAUCCACCAUGACAAGUACAAGUUCUGUGUGAAACUAUUUCAGCUUGUGUUGGAAGAUGGAUGCCUCAGAGAGAGAUUUCAAUCUUAAAGUUGUCCUGAUCAGCUUCAAACAGUGUCUCACUGAUGAGGGAGAGGUGCUGCUGGACCAUUAUAUUGACAGCUGGAAGGGGCUUGUCAGGUUUCUGAACAGCCUAGGGGCUGUCUUCUCAUUCAUUUCCAAGGAUGUGGUCUCAAAGCUGCAGAUAAUGGAGCGUCUGAGAAGCAGCCCACAGUCUGAACACUACACCAGCUUGCAGUCCAUGGUAGCCUACGAGGUGAGCAACAAGCUGGUGGACAUAGAUCACCGCUCCCGUCCCCGACACCCUAACUCAGGCUGCCGGACUGUGCUGCGCCUGCAUCGUGCUCUGCACUGGCUGCAGCUGUUCCUGGAAGGCCUGCGCACUAGCUCUGAGGAUGAUCGUACCUCCACACUCUGCAGUGAUGCCUACAAUACCACACUAGCUGCCUAUCACUCCUGGAUAGUACGGCAAGCUGUCACUGUAGCCUUCUGUGCCUUGCCCUCACGCAAGGUCUUCCUUGAGGCCAUGAAUGUAGGGUCCUCUGAGCAAGCAGUGGAGAUGCUGGGAGAGGCCCUGCCCUUCAUUGAACAUGUGUAUGACAUCUCCCAGAAGCUCUAUGCUGAGCAUUCCCUGCUAGAUCUGCCCUAGUAGUGGUAACCAUACUGUGUGGACUUCCCCUGCUCAUAACUGGGUUUGGGCAGCCUGGGAUGACUCCCACAGCAGUGCUUUCUGGAUACUACGGUCACCCCUGAAAAGCUGAGCUUGUUGAGAGCCAUGGUCUGUGAAAAGGAAGGUGUUGAGCAGCUGAACCAGGAAAGGUGGGUGCUGGUCAUCCUUUUGGUCCAGGAUGAGACAGGUGACUCCACUUUAGUUAUGUGUUCAGUCAGGCUUGAUUGAAGUGCAGGUGGCAAAUGGAGAAGAUGGGGCCUGGGGGUGGUCAUGUAUCUGCAACAACCCAAGGUUGCUCUACCUCUUGUAUAGAGUCUGAAAUGGCAUAAGGACACAAGACCCUGGAGCUGUCUUCCCCACAGCCAACAUGCCUAGCCAGUGUAUAUCCUCCUGUGCCCAUCUUGAGCCUCUGACAUGGCACUGGUGCCAGGCAAACAGCCCUGAGCCAACAUGUUUGGGGCCCUUCAUAUUCCAAAAAGCUGUCCUUGGAUAAGAUGAAAUUCCUCUGGCAGUGGCAUGAAUAUUGUAGGUUCUCUCCUUGCCCUUCACCUGCUUCCUUGUUAUUCUCUCUGCAUACCAAACAGGCCCUCAUCUCCAUGGAAAUGGAAACUGUAUGAAACCGAUAGCUGAGGCUUUUCUAGGAAAGCCUGCCCUGGUCAGUACAACCUGUUUCACAGCUUCUGUAAUAUAGUUUCAUCAGCCUUCUGAAGGUGGCCUCUUAGAGCACAUGCACCCCCAAGAUUCUAAGAAUUCAAUACUAACUGGCCAAACCAUACCUCUCUCUAGACAGCCCUGCUGUUCCUGUUGCCAUGGCACCCAGGUGACGUAGGACAUGACUCGUGGAAGGAGGCUAGGCCCCUUUUUCUUACAGAUGUCCAUACCCAGCAUGGCUGAUGCCCAGUGUAUAAGACCCUAAGCUUUCCCACUGGGUCUGAAUGUUAAACCCUAGGACAAUGUCCUCAGCAUAGCUGAUGUGUAUAAAAGCAAACUUUGGGGCAUAUCUCUUUCCUUAAGAACUGUGAUAUAUGUAAUAUUUCCAACAUAAAUAAAUUAUACCUACAUGA